AUGAUGAAUGAUCUUAAACAGAAUAUCAAAAAAAAUGAAGAAAAAAAAAAAGAUGAUAUUACUGCAGAGAGUUCAACUGUUAAUGGUAUAAAUAUAAAUGAUAUAAACAUAAAUGAUAUAGAAGAAAAUAUAAAUGAUGACAACGAAAAAAAGACUAAAAAAAAUGGGAAUACUAUAGAAUAUUAUUUAUUUGAUGUAGAAUCUUAUAAUAGUAGUAAUAACAGGGGUGUGGACAGUUUCGUAGAUUUAAGUUCGAUAAGAUCAAGUUAUUUAUCAGAAAAUAGGAAAAAAAAAGCAAAGAAAAAAAGAGGGAGUUAUCUGAAGAAACAACUAAAGAUUUAUAAAAAGAAAUACAAAAUAUUACCUGAACAUAAUUUAGAUCAAGAUACGAAUUAUGAAAAUUCAAUGAAAAAUGAUAUUAAAGAAUAUAAAAUAUAUGACAUGAAAGAUAUAAAAGAAGAUAAUGGAGUGAAUGAUUCUGUUCCAUCAAAACGAAAAGAUUUUAUUAUAAAAAAGGAUGUAUUUGUAAAUGUAAUAAAAUUUAUCAUACUUGUUUCUUCAAUUUUUUCAUUCGGUACGUUUAGUACAUCUAUAACAAAAUAUAUUAUUUUUGUGAAAAAAUUUAAUUAUACUCAAAUUGUAACCCUAUUCGAAUUUCUUGUUAUGUAUCUUAUCUUAAGAAUAGUAAUUUUCUUUUUGAAAGUGAAAAGUACAACAAAUUUAACGCGGAAGGAGUAUAUAAAAUAUAUCAUUUCGAUAUCUGCGUUAUCAGGACUGAGUGUUGUAACAGGAAAUAGCGCCUAUUCUUACUUAGAAAUUCCAGUCAUUUCUGUCAUUAAAUCGAGUUCCCUAAUAUUAAUAUAUUUCUUAUCAAUUAAAUUUGGUUUAAAGGAGUUCAAAUGCUCACUAUUGUGUUCAAUUCUAACAAUAUUAUUGGGCGUUAUUAUGAGCAUUACUACAUUAAAAAUAGAUAGUUUAUUUGGAAUUUUCUUGUUGGUAAUAUCUGUUAUCGCAUCAUCUUUUAAGUGGGUCUUUACAAACGUUCUUUUAAGAUCUACAACAAUGAAGCCACAUAUAAUUCUUUUGCACAUCUAUCAAGUAGCAUUGUUUAUUAUAAUAAUCCCCACACUUCUCAUUGAUUUAACCUGCAUUAUUAAGGAUUACAACAGUAAUCUUUUAACUAUUGAGCAGAUUUUUACAUCACUGUUCCUGGUAUCUGUUGGUGCAUUAACUAGUAUAUUUUUAAUUUUAGCUGAAUUCUCCUUGAUAUCUUGCACUUCAUCAGUAACACUGAGUAUAGUCUUUAUUGGAAGAGAAGCAAUAAUUUUGAUUAUUGGAUCGAUAUUUUUUGGAGAAAAUGUUAAUUUUAGCUCAUCUAUUGGCAUAGCCAUAUCCAUGAUUGGUACCAUCCUAUAUGGCUAUGCGUCCAAAUAA